AUGGCUGUCAUCGAUCUCAUCGAUCCUGGAACGCUGUACCGGCUACUCGUAUGCUCGGCGUGUGCGGUCUUGUUCGUUGCUGGUCAAGAGCUUCUGCGGCCAGCGGACAGAAGAUGGAGCUCGAUCGGCCGGUAUUGCUUGCCCGCCGGACCAAGAGGAUCGUUCGUCCUUGGGGACUUGCCUGACUUCUGGAGGAGUCGAGCCAACGGCACCACUGGCGCCUAUUUCAGGAGCUUACAAAGCUAUGGCGAGAUGACAACGCUACACAUGGGAAGCAGCCUCUGGGUCGUGCUGAACACGAACAGAGUCGUGGAUGAGAUGUGGUCAGCGAAACAGCAUCCAACAUAUGCGCGACGGUUACUGACUCUCUUGCAGAGUACCGAUCGCUGA